CGUUAACUGGACCUUGUACUUCUCGGUGCUGUGAGCUGCGUGCUGCUUUUUGGACUUGGCCCUUGUUUACCCGCCCAGUUUCUUGUUCUUGCUUCCUGCCCUUCUGUUGGUCCCCCUAAUGCGCUGCCUCUCCUCGUUGCUUCAUUGUUCCUGUCGACCCUCAGCCAUUUUCAUCCUCUCCUCCCCGUGAAUCGUGGGGUCACAUUCACCAUCACCAUCACCUUCACCACCACCACCACCAGGGAUUUGAGACUUGAAUGACCAAUCCAACCAUCUUCUGAAUCAUUGCAUUCGCCCACACUCGUUCCUCAUUCAUCGUUAUUAAUUACUUGCACCUGCAUCACCACAUCUCCCUCCGUCUCACUCGUCUCUUCUUUGCUCUCGAAUUCUCAACACCAUCACCUGCAAAUUUCGAACCCAUCCACAGCGGCACUUUCUCUCUUCGCUGAGACCGAAACUGCGGCUGCUCCUUCUCACCUCGCGAGCACGUCACCCGCCUGCAUCCCCAUCUGCAGCCGCCACGAAAACAAGAGUGUUGCACUCCUGCACCUCGCCAGCGCGCAUCGCCCACAACCGAAAGCGUAUUUCAUCUGUUGGAAAACAGACACCGGCCGACGCCAAAAGACCAUCUCGUACCCUUCUUCUCCCUCCUACCAAACGCUAUUGAAGCACCAGCACGGUUUAUCCAUUUCGUCCAAAGUACUUCCCCUGGAUACUGCAUCCCCAAAUCCAACCGACUGUACUGAUAAAGUAGGUGCAUGUACACCGGACCCGUCAUACGAUCUGGUACCACUGCAUUUCGACACACCGGAAUCUCAAAUAUCGUCAAACACCUCGAUAUCCGAGUUUGUCUUUGCUGAUCGACUUUUUGCGUUGAGUAGGUUCAUCGUCAUCUUUUCUGGAAUCGACAAUGGAAGGCUACUAACAUCAAAUUCUGCAGCUAUUUUUCCUACCCCCACCACACUGUCCGGGCUUCUGCAGGAGGGCAGCCCGCGACAUCGAUCGCUUCUUUGAAGCACCUCUUACUUUAGUCACCAGGUUGAAUACGCUUGGAGAAUCAAUAGUGAUUCCCCCCACUCUUUCUUUCCAUCAUGGCGGAAUAUAAUACGGACCCAUGGCCCGUCGUCGACGUAAGUUUGACCCGCUUAAUCGUGUCUGAGACAUGACCGUUUGUGGCUUCUGAGAAAAAACUGAUCGAUGUUUGGUAGAUCGUAUAUACUUCCAUCGUAGGCGCGGUCAUGCUUGCGGCCUUUCUGGAAUGGUUUCUGUGGGUCGCCGCCUUCAUGUAUUGUUUGGUCAAGGUCUACCAGAAGGCCGAACAUUGGUCUGUGAAGGUUUUGGCGGUGGUGAUGGCUAUACUUUUCACUCUGCUGAGGUAUGGAUAUCUCCGACCAUGGAUGUUGGAGUAGAACUAACGUCAAAGCAGACUGAUCUUCCUGCCAAUCAUGAUUGUUACACUUCCUUUACCGAACCAAGUCACGCAAUACUUUCCUAUCGCCGUCGUCUCUGCUCUUCAAUGGUUUGGUUUCUGGGCUUUUGCCGGUCUCCUCACCAUUCCAUGGCUCUUCUGCGUCUACCAACUGGUCACCCAUCAACUCGGUCGAACAAAGCGUAUCAAGCAAGUUUUGGACGAACACUCGGCACCAAAGGUGGUCAUUGUCAUGCCCUGUUACAAGGAAGAACCCGAUAUUUUGGUCACCGCCAUCGAUUCCGUUGUGGACUGCGACUACCCACCAUCUUGUAUCCACGUUUUUCUGUCCUUCGACGGAGAUCAGGAGGAUGAACUCUAUCUUAACACCAUCGAAAAGUUGGGAGUACCUCUAUCUCUCGACUCAUACCCUAAGAGUAUCGAUGUGACCUACCGAACUGCUCGAAUCACAGUCUCCCGAUUCCCACACGGAGGAAAGCGACACUGCCAAAAGUCUACGUACAAGCUCAUCGACAAGGUAUACACGGAAUACUUGAAGCGUAACGACAACUUGUUCGUCCUCUUUAUUGAUUCCGAUUGCAUCUUGGACCGUGUCUGCCUUCAAAACUUCGUCUACGACAUGGAAUUGAGCCCAGGAAAUACUAGGGACAUGUUGGCCAUGACAGGUGUUAUUACCUCGACAACCAAAAAGCACAGUCUCAUCACUCUUCUUCAGGAUAUGGAAUAUAUUCAUGGUCAACUUUUCGAGCGCACCGUCGAGUCCGGAUGCGGUGCGGUCACAUGUUUACCAGGAGCUCUUACCAUGCUUCGAUUCUCGGCUUUCCGAAGAAUGGCCAAAUACUACUUUGCAGACAAGGCUGAACAGUGUGACGAUCUCUUCGACUACGGAAAAUGUCAUUUGGGAGAAGAUAGAUGGCUGACCCAUCUCUUCAUGAUCGGCGCCAAGAAGCGUUACCAGAUCCAGAUGUGUACUUCGGCCUUCUGCAAGACUGAAGCCGUCCAAACAUACGCCUCGCUUAUUAAACAACGUCGCAGAUGGUUCUUGGGAUUUAUCACCAACGAAGUAUGCAUGUUGACCGAUCUUAGAAUCUGGAAGCGAUACCCCAUCUUGGCCGUCGUCCGAUUCAUGCAAAACACCAUUCGAACCACUGCUCUACUGUUUUUCAUCAUGUUAAUCUCCAUCGUCAGUACAUCCAAAAAGGUCAAGGAUCUCCCCGUCGGGUUCAUUGCCGUUUCUCUUGGUCUCAAUUGGGUCAUGAUGAUCUACUUUGGCUGGAAGCUCAAGCGCUUCAAGAUUUGGCUUUACCCUCUCAUGUUCGUCAUCAACCCUUUCUUCAAUUGGUAUUAUAUGGUCUACGGUAUCUUCACGGCCGGACAAAGAACCUGGGGAGGACCUCGAGCCGACGCUGGUUCUGCCGAUGCCCACACCACGCCACAGGAAGCCAUCGAAAAGGCUGAAGGAGAGGGAGAUGAUCUCAACGUGGUCCCCGAAACUUUCAAGCCCGCUGCCGCUGCCGGAGCGGCGAGCUCUGCCGUUGUUGCUCUCCAACCCCCAGACAAACUCGAUGGUCGCUUUGCCGCCGCCGAAAGGCUUCCAGGUGGAUGGUAUCAACAACAAAACGAUUCGUUCGUCAGUGUGGCUCCGGUUGGCAAUCUGGGAGUUGGAAGAGUCCCCAUUCAUCCUCGCGCCUCUUGGGACAGUGACUAUUCCGAGCAGACCACCAACUCCGUAUAUAUGCCCCGCCGUGUGGAGAGUAUCAUGGGCGAAGAGGAUAAGAAGAAAUAUGCCAUGGCUCAAGCCAAUCAAAAAGCUGCGGGUGGUGCCUACAUGACUGAGCCAGCUCAGGGCCAAGGAAGAGUUUACGAAAUCUCCGAGUCCGAGAUGCGAAAGGGUGGCUGGCAAGACUCUAGCGAAUCGCUUGCAUCAUACCACGACCAGCCUAAUCGACCGGGCCAUGGACCAACUUCUCCCGAACCAAUGUCACCAUUGUCCCCUGAUGGAACUCUGGCUGUUCCCGCGCAAUCUUCCAGCGGGCAGAACCGACGCAGCGGAAGAAGUCCUCUCGCUCGAGCGAGUUUGGUGCGAUCUCCCUCGGAUGACGGAUUCGAACUCAACGAGAACCCAUCCCCAUCCGCUGAGCGCUUCCCAUCGCCACGACGAUGAAGGAUGCAAGAUGGAUUCAUGAAAGAAUUUCGUUUUAAAGGCAUUUUAGGUUGAUUUGUCAUGAUUUUGCAUAGCAAGGCGUUCUAAACAACCGCGGGGAGGGGUGGGUUGCUCAUUUAUUGUUUGCUGGUAGGAAAAAACGAGAUCAAAUGACACUCAUCGUCAACAUUUUGCAAGAAGUGAGUAUAAUAAGAUAGAGUGAAAAGUUGCAUUUUAGGGGCGUCAUAGGGAAGAUGGAGGCACGCAUCAGUCAUUGGCAGUACAGAUCCCAAUUUUCAUCAGUCCUAAUACCUAGAUCAAUAGUACAUUAAUGAAGAACGAUUCUAUGAAGA